UAAAGAUUCCAAGUUCUUGUCUCGGUUUGAAAAUAUAGUCGUUAGCAUAAAAGAAACAUUAAAAGUAUAUCCUAAUGUUGAACAAAAUCCGUUGUAUAGUGUUGAAUUUCAUAAUGAUAUCAUGGGGUCUAUUAUUCCGGUGAUUCCAAUGUGGACAGGUGUAAUGCGGUUCAAAGUAUUUGGGUCAACAGACAGAGCAAGCAAUGCUCCAGCGGAGAGUUGGUUUGGAGAUUUAAAGACAAACAAAAAAUGCCGGCGUAUGAAAUGUGGAAGAUUUGUUCAAUUUACUAGAAGUAUAAUAUUGAGUAAAUGUAAAGAAGUACUGCUAGAUAUACCAUCAAAUUAUUGUGCACUUCCUCCAGUUCAAAAUAAACAAAAAAAAACUUUAAAAAAAGAAAAUACAUCAUUUGUCCAUUUGAUUUCGUCAUCAUCUGACGACAAUGAAGAAAAAGAAUGUUGGGGACCAAGAAAGAAAAAAACAGGGUUCUAUUUCCGGGGUCAUUUAAAAACUGCUUCAAAGCAACUAAAGGCACGGAUGUUUAUGAACCAUUUGUCACCGAUUAAAAACGUAAAAGAUGAUGUGAUUUGUGUGACUCCAAAUGUACCAAAUAUAAACCUACUCUCAUUUGAUUCCAUAAAAACUGAUGACGAAAUUGUAACACCAAAUACUAGGACACUAUCAGAAUCUUGUAUUUCUAUAAAAAGUUACAGAUCUCCAGUAGAUGGUCUGCGGUGCAAAAUGGAUUUGUAUGAAAAUAGAUUACCAAAGGAUAAAAAUUAUUAUGGUUCUAUUUUGAAGAAAAAUGGAAAACAAUUGGAUUAUGUAGUGGGCAUUUAUAGCAUCGUUAAAGACAUUACUCAGUGUCAUGAGUUAUUAUUUAGUGACUUUGACACACUAUCAGCGUAUACGCCUGAAAGUAUAAAGAAAAUGUGGUUGAGUAAUUUUAUUAUUGAUAUAGCACUGGGGGUAUUGAGAGAGACAUAUUGUGAGCAUACAAAUGAAAUAAAAAUUUUGAGUUGUGAUGUAUCAGGUCAUUUAAAUAAUGAUCAUUCGAAAAAAAUUUCAAAUUUGGAAACUAUAGUUGUUCCAAAAGACAGUUUACUUGUAAUGCCAUUACAUGUAAAUGGUAACCACUGGGUGAUAGUGUUUGCAGACUUUGGAAAUCAUAAGUUCUAUUUUUUGGACCCAUUUGAAACUAUAGAAUAUAACAAAUGUAGACAUAAUUUUGUGACUAUACUCGGUGAACUGAAAAAAAAUCAUAUUUAUGGAGAGGUAGGAAAUGUAUGGCCAGAAAUGCAUUUCCAAAUAUUUUCUUACUAUCCUAAACAAUCCGAUAGUUAUAAUUGCGGAGUUUAUGUGUUAUACUAUGCAGAGUGUAUGAUGAAAAAUAAGAUUGAAAACGCUAAUUUCAAUCAAGACUUCAACCCAAUGUUAUACAGAGAGGUGUUAAAAGAUCUUUUGUUGGAGAAAUCUGAUUUCAUGAGAGAUAUUUGUUUGUAUUGUGGGCGUACGGACAAAAAACACAAAGAGAUAAAAAAGGAAAAUAUCGAUUGGGUGCAAUGCGAUACAUGUAACAGAUGGAUUGUAAUACAAUGUUUGUCAAACAUAGGACAAACGUCAGAUUGUGAUGAUAAUUUUGAAUGUGUUUUGUGUGUGUCCAAUGCAAAGAGUUUAUAAAGUAUAAGUGAGUAAAUUAAAAAAGUGAGUGUAAUUAAGAAAAUUUGUGGAGUAGGCCUAUGUUGGGAAACCACUUUAAAAGAAAACGCGCCAAAAUGCAGUACCUCUAGUUUUGUUGAAAACAAUGCUAAGGUGGUGUGGAAAUCUGUUAAAUUGUGAAUCUCAGAAUAUAAUAAUAUUCAUUAAACUUGCAUAACUAACUCUUCACAUAGAACUUGUAUAAGACUUAUAAAACUAGAUUUAACUUGCCAU